AUGAACUGCUUGUAUGAGUUCCUGGUGUUCGUCCCACCCAGCAACGGGAGCCUGAGAAAACCAGGCACGGCGGCGGUAAUGGUUGAUACCCAGCAUCCACUCACCCUUUUGCUCAAUGGCUCUGUGGGUGACAGAGAGCUCUGCAAGAUUCAGUAUCAUUUUGGAGAGUUUGGCAAUUAUUCCCUUGUGGUAAAGACCCUAAGUACAAGCACCAAAACUGUUUCUUGUGACCUAGUCAUCAAUGAAGGCCCUAUCAACAGCUACCUCCCUAUUCUCUUUGCUUUCCUGGUUUACAUGGGGAUCCUUGCUAUCCUGAUUGUCGGGCGCCUUUUUAUGAAAAUUGAUCCAGUCAGAAACUGGGUUUACAAGAAACUGAACCCCAGAGAAACUGAUCGUCUGAUUAAUUCUGAGCUCGGGUCCCCGAACACAACAGACUCCGUUAGCGGUGAUCCCACCCCGCGUUUGUGGAGCACAGCCUCUCGGCAGCGGCUGCGUUCCCUGGACACGUUCCGAGGGCUCUCUCUUAUAAUUAUGGUGUUUGUUAACUAUGGAGGAGGAAAAUACUGGUUCUUCAAACAUGAGAGUUGGAACGGAUUAACAGUGGCAGAUCUGGUGUUUCCAUGGUUUGUGUUCAUUAUGGGGACAUCGAUAUCGCUGUCACUGAGCUCCAUGCUGAGAUGGGGAAGUUCCAAGCGGAAGGUGCUUGGGAAGAUCCUCUGGAGGAGUUUUCUGCUAAUCCUGCUGGGAAUCAUAGUUGUGAAUCCCAAUUACUGCCUUGGACCAUUGUCCUGGGAUAAUCUGCGUAUUCCUGGGGUGCUCCAGAGGCUGGGAUUCACGUACCUGGUGGUUGCUGCUCUCGAACUCCUAUUUACAAGAGCUGGGACUGAGAGUGGGACCUUGGAGAUGCCAUGUCCUGCUCUGCAGGAUAUUCUCCCCUACUGGCCACAGUGGAUUCUCAUUCUGAUGUUAGAAGUGAUUUGGCUCUGCUUGACCUUUUUGUUACCAGUGCCAGGUUGUCCCAGGGGCUAUCUUGGUCCUGGGGGCAUUGGAGACUUUGGAAACUAUCCCAACUGCACUGGAGGAGCGGCUGGUUACAUUGAUCGUUUGCUUCUUGGAGAAAAGCAUAUAUAUCAGCAUCCCUCUUCAAGUGUGAUUUACCAAACAACGAUGCCAUAUGAUCCUGAAGGGAUUCUGGGGACCAUAAAUACCAUUUUUAUGGCAUUUCUGGGACUGCAGGCAGGAAAAAUUAUCUUGUUCUACAAAGACCAGCACAAACAAAUUAUGAGUCGGUUCUUCAUAUGGAGCAUAGUAAUGGGAGUUAUUUCUGCUAUCUUGACAAAAUGUUCUAAAGAAGAAGGGUUUAUUCCCAUAAACAAGAACUUAUGGUCAAUAUCGUAUGUGACAACCAUGAGCUGCUUUGCCUUCAUCCUCUUAUUGCUGAUAUAUUACCUUGUGGAUGUCAAGAGACUGUGGUCGGGUGCUCCAUUUUUCUACCCAGGAAUGAACUCAAUCCUGGUCUACAUUGGACACGAAGUGUUUGAAAACUAUUUCCCUUUUAAGUGGAAGAUGCAAGACAGUCAAUCCCACGCAGAGCAUCUGACUCAAAACCUCACUGCAACAACUCUUUGGGUCAUAAUAUCAUAUUUACUUUACAAGAGAAGGAUAUUCUGGAAAAUCUGAUAGAGGUGGUCAAGGUGUAGCAGGCCUAGAUUCUGAUGGGACAAGCACAUAAAGUGGAUUAGCCUGAAAUAUUGCCACUCAUGCUAGGCUCUAUUACUAAAAAGGGAUACUAGUUCAAGUUUACAGUGCCAUGGAAGUUGUCAUCAAGACUUUUAUGUGACUUAAGGGACAGUAAUUUCCUAUUUAGCAAAAACUUACUAGUCUGCUGCAGUUGCUCUCUUCCUGUUUUCUGUAUUUUGUAAAUAUUUUACUGAUCUCCCUCCUUCAUAUAGAGAAACUGAACAUACUGCAAUAGUUGGGCAGUUAAAGACAGCCUGAUGGUGCUUGCAAAAGGAACUGCAAGGGAUCUGGGUGGUGACUGCAAGGGGUUAUCAGAAUGGGAGUGUGGUAACAGUCGUCGCAUCUGACAAGGCAUCCCCUAACUCAUGUGGUCUGGGGUUUGUAUAUACCCUUGGCACCUACUGCAUGCCUGCACCACGCUGGCUACUGGCACACAUUUACCUUGGCCAUCUUUUUGACUUGGGAGCACUGGCAGCAUCCUCAGCCCUGCACUUGAGUCGGCAGUGCAGUGACUGUCUGGGAAAGCUCAGGGGCACUUGUGUGCUACAGUGUGCUGCAGAAAGUGGUGCCUCAACCGAUCAUUCUUCAUUGUGUUCUUCUAAUUUGGUCUUGGAUCAAAACCUUAGGUUUAGGAUCCUGCUGAAGCCUGCUGACAAAGAUCUCUUCUAUUGGCUUAUUCAUCAGCAUGCUGCUGCUACAGGUUUAGCAGCCCGUCUGUGCAUGUUCUGGGCCUUUGUGUUACAUAUCUCUAGCAUGGAUGAGGUCCGAGUUUCACGUGCUACACUCCAGUUCCUAUUGACUUUGUAUAAUCACUUGGAUAUUGCCAAAGUUCGAUCAAAGCAAUCCUCUUUAUAAAUGGGUUUAUGUAAGGGCCCUGAAUCUGAAAACCAGCAAUACAGGUAGAAUUGAGCCAAAAAGGAAGAGAUAGCAGACCAAUUCAAUGUAAGAUAAUAGUUUUUGGAAACUCAGGAAAUUCACUCAUGCUGUGAUUUCCAAACUAGUGCUAAUAAAAAGCCUGAAAUA